AGGUGAAGGCGAGGGUUGAUGCGGUAAAGAUCAAAGUGAUCCAAACUACUCAGACUCUGAACACCGCAGCAGAGACAGGACUUCCUCAGUUUGUUGCUCCGACCACCCCACCACCCGAUUUCAACAUCGCGCAAGGGAAGCCAGCGUUUCAGACGACCACAGAGUGGGGUAUGGUUGCCCGCCUUGCUGUAGACGGGAACACCGAUGGUGACUACUACCAAAGCUCCUGUACACACACCUCACAGUGGAUAGCUAAUCCCAGUUGGUGGGUGGAUCUCGGGCGAUCGUAUAACAUUGGCAGAGUGGUCAUCUUCAACCGCCAGGACUGCUGUCCAGAACGAAUCAACCCCUUCAACAUUCACAUUGGGAAUUCUGACCAGGUCGCUUUGAACCCCAAGUGUGGAGGUGACCAUCAAAUUGCCCUGAACCAGCCGUCCAUUUCCGUCUCCUGUCAGGGGAUGGCCGGGCGGUACGUCGGGGUCCGUCUGCCUGGAAACUCCCGGACCAUGACCCUGUGCGAGGUCCAGGUCUUUGCAGGUAGACUUUUGUUCCAGAUCGUUUAUGUCAAUAUCGCUCGAGGGAAGACAGCGUACCAGACAAGCACCCGUUCCGGGGGCGGUUCUGCCAGCCGUGCGGUGGACGGGAACACCAACGGCCAGUUUAACGGUGGAUCGUGCACACACACCUGGGGACCGGGAUCGUAUAACCCCACGUGGUGGGUGGAUCUCGGACAAACGUACCAAGUAAACAGGGUGGUCAUCUACAAUCGCCUGGACUGCUGCAGGGACCGACUCAGCCCCUUCCACAUCCACAUCGGGGACUCCGCCCACGUCACCGCCAACCCCAGGUGCGGAGGAGACCAUCGGAUCAGCACCAGAGAGAAGUUUGUGUCCAUCCGGUGCCCGGGGAUGACGGGACGGUACGUCGGCAUCCGUCUGCAGGGUUACCGCAUCCUCACGAUGUGCGAGGUCCAGGUCUUCUCAAACGCAGAGGAGACAUGCCAGGUUGGUAAUGGAGCGUCCUACCGAGGGACACUCGCUGUGACCGAAACAGGCCGGACGUGCCAGCGCUGGGACCGUCAGAGCCCCCACAGUCACAACAGGACACCCCGGAACUACCCGGCAGGCGACCUGGCAGGGAACAACUACUGCCGCAAUCCUGAUGGCUGGCAAGCCCUAUGGUGCUACACCACGGACCCUGCCAGUAGAUGGGAGCAUUGUGACCUGCCAGUCUGUGGUUGA